UAAUAUUGUCCAUGAUUUUUGCUUGUCACACAAGGCGAGAAGAAAAUGUCCACGUUUACAAAUUCAAAAUUCUCCAAGCAAAAAGAGAAAAUUUUGGAAGUGACGGAAAUGGAAGCUACAAAGACGAAAAUGGUGAAAGCAGCAGAAGAAGAGCAUCCAAUUCCGGCCACCGGAUUAGCAGCGCAAGAUUCUUCCGGUGUUCUUUCUCCUUUCAAUUUCUCUCGGAGAAAAACAGGUGAAAAGGAUGUAAGAUUUCGGGUGUUGUACUGUGGGAUAUGUCACUCGGACUUGCACAUGGCCAAGAAUGAAUGGGGCACUUCUAUUUACCCUCUUGUCCCUGGGCAUGAAGUUGUUGGUGUAGUAACAGAGGUGGGUAACAAAGUCCAAAAGUUCAAAGUUGGGGACAAAGUUGGUGUGGGAUGCAUGGUUGGAGCUUGUCAUUCCUGUGAAAGCUGCAAAAACAACCUUGAGAAUUACUGCCCCAAUAUGAUACUCACAUAUGGUGCUAAGUACUAUGAUGGAACCAUCACCUAUGGAGGUUACUCCGACGACAUGGUGGCCGAUGAGCACUACAUAGUCCGGAUUCCGGAUGGUUUACCUCUUGAUGCAGGGGCUCCUCUGCUCUGCGCUGGAAUUACGGUCUACAGCCCAUUGAGGUACUUUGGACUCGAUAAACCCGGUAUCAAUGUUGGUAUAGUUGGCCUUGGUGGGCUAGGACAUGUGGCCGUGAAAUUCGCUAAGGCUAUGGGGGCUCAUGUUACCGUAAUCAGUACCUCAAUUAACAAGAAAGAGGAAGCUUUGGAAAAACUUGGUGCUGAUUCAUUCCUAGUGAGUCGCGAUCAAGAUCACAUGAAGGCUGCUGUGGGCACAUUGGAUGGUAUCAUUGAUACUGUUUCUGCCGUACACCCUCUAGUUCCUUUGAUAAGUCUGUUGAAGUCUCAUGGAAAGCUUGUUAUGGUUGGUGCACCAGAGAAGCCACUUGAGCUACCAGUUUUUCCUUUGCUUUCUGGAAGAAAAAUAGUAGCCGGUACUUUAAUCGGAGGGAUGAAAGAAACACAAGAAAUGAUCGAUUUCGCAGCCAAACACAACAUAACAGCUGAUAUUGAGCUUAUUACUGCUGAUUAUGUGAAUACUGCCAUGGAGCGCCUUGCCAGAGCAGAUGUUAAAUAUCGAUUUGUCAUCGAUAUUGGAAACACGUUAAAGUCUAGCAAUUAAUCAAGUGUUUUUUUUUUUUUUUUUUGGUUUGGGAAUAUGACCCAUUCCGACGCAAGAAUAUAGAGAUGGAGUAUUAUGUAAUAGCCCUUAUUUUCAUUAUCUAUUAUUGGUAUUUUGUUAAAGAUUUGUUCAGUGUCUUCCGCAACAAUGAAUAAAAACCAAAUUGUUUGAUGGUGCUUGUUA